AUGAGUCGUCAAUUUCCGUAUUCAAGUGCUCCACUUCGUUCCGUGAAGGAAGUUCAAUUUGGAUUAUUAUCCCCAGAAGAAAUCAGAGCUAUAUCCGUGGCGAAGAUUGAAUAUCCUGAAACCAUGGACCAAACCACCAAGAAACCAAGAGAAGGGGGGUUAAACGAUCCUCGUUUAGGUUCUAUUGAUAGAAACUUCAGAUGUCAAACUUGUGGUGAAGACAUGGCUGAAUGUCCUGGACAUUUUGGUCACAUUGAUUUAGCCAAACCCGUGUUCCAUAUUGGGUUCAUUGCCAAGAUUAAGAAAGUUUGUGAAUGUGUUUGUAUGCAUUGUGGGAAGUUAUUAUUAGACGAAUCUAACCCUGCCAUGGCCCAAGCUAUUAAGAUUAGAGACCCAAAGAGAAGGUUUAAUGCCGUGUGGAGUGUAUGUAAAACCAAGAUGGUUUGUGAAACUGAUGUGACUGAAGAAGACAUGCAAGUUGAUGGUAAACCAAAUCAACAAAAGCCAACUACUCGUGGAGGUUGUGGUCACACCCAACCAACUAUCCGUAGAGAUGGGUUGAAGUUAUGGGGUACCUGGAAGCAUAAUAAGAAUUUCGAUGAAAACGAACAACCAGAACGUAGAUUAUUAUCACCAAGUGAAAUCUUAAAUGUUUUUAAACACAUUAACUCAGAAGACUGUUAUAAGCUUGGUUUUAAUGAAGAUUAUGCCAGACCUGAAUGGAUGUUGAUUACAGUCUUGCCAGUUCCUCCACCACCAGUUAGACCUUCUAUUGCAUUUAACGAUACCGCCAGAGGUGAAGAUGAUUUAACUUUCAAGUUAGCUGAUGUUAUCAAGGCAAAUAUAAAUGUUCAAAGAUUGGAAACCGAUGGUUCCCCUCAACAUGUUAUCAGUGAAUUUGAAGCAUUGUUACAAUUUCAUGUUGCAACAUACAUGGAUAAUGAUAUUGCUGGUCAGCCUCAGGCACUUCAGAAGACUGGUCGUCCAAUUAAAUCUAUUAGAGCUAGAUUAAAGGGUAAGGAAGGAAGAUUAAGAGGUAACUUGAUGGGUAAGCGUGUGGAUUUCUCUGCCCGUACGGUUAUUUCUGGUGAUCCAAAUUUAGAUUUAGAUCAAGUUGGGGUCCCAAUUUCUAUUGCCAAGACAUUAUCAUAUCCUGAAAUUGUAACUCCAUAUAAUAUCCAUCGUUUAACUGAGUACGUUAGAAAUGGUCCAAAUGAACAUCCUGGUGCAAAGUAUGUCAUUAGAGAUACUGGGGAUCGUAUUGAUUUAAGGUAUAAUAAAAGAGCAGGGGAUAUUGCAUUACAAUAUGGCUGGAAAGUUGAACGUCACUUGAUGGAUGAUGAUCCAGUUUUAUUUAAUCGUCAACCUUCUUUGCAUAAAAUGUCUAUGAUGUGUCACCGUGUUAAGGUUAUGCCUUAUUCUACAUUCAGAUUAAACUUGUCAGUCACUUCGCCAUAUAAUGCUGAUUUCGAUGGAGAUGAAAUGAAUUUACAUGUUCCACAAUCACCAGAAACCAGAGCUGAAUUAUCACAAAUUUGUGCUGUUCCAUUGCAAAUUAUUUCUCCACAAUCUAAUAAACCAGUUAUGGGUAUUGUGCAAGACACUUUAUGUGGUAUUCGAAAAAUGACAUUACGUGACACAUAUAUAGAAUUUGAUCAAGUUAUGAAUAUGUGUUAUUGGAUUCCUAAUUGGGAUGGGGUUAUUCCUCCACCAGCUAUUGUCAAGCCAAAGCCAUUAUGGACUGGUAAGCAAUUGUUAUCCAUGGCUAUUCCAAAGGGUAUUCACUUACAAAGAUUUGAUGGUGGAAGAGACUUGUUGAGUGCCAAAGACACUGGUAUGUUGAUUGUAGAUGGAGAAAUUAUGUUUGGAGUUGUUGACAAAAAGACCGUUGGUGCUACCGGUGGUGGUUUAAUCCAUACUGUCAUGAGAGAAAAAGGUCCACAAGUUUGUGCCCAACUUUUCAGUUCUAUUCAAAAGGUUGUCAAUUAUUGGCUUUUACAUAACGGGUUCUCCAUUGGGAUUGGUGAUACUAUUGCUGAUGCAAGUACCAUGAAGGAUAUUACCACUACCAUUCAAGAAGCCAAGACCAAGGUGCAAGAAAUCAUUCUUGAUGCUCAACAAAAUAGGUUAGAACCAGAACCAGGUAUGACAUUGAGAGAAUCUUUUGAACAUAAUGUGUCUCGUGUGUUGAAUCAAGCGCGUGAUACUGCCGGUCGUUCUGCCGAAAUGAAUUUGAAGGAUUUGAAUAAUGUGAAACAAAUGGUUACUUCUGGUUCCAAGGGGUCCUUUAUUAAUAUUUCUCAAAUGUCUGCAUGUGUAGGUCAACAGAUUGUUGAAGGUAAGAGAAUUCCAUUUGGAUUUGCCGAUAGAUCAUUGCCUCAUUUUACUAAAGACGAUUAUUCACCUGAAUCUAAGGGGUUUGUGGAAAACUCAUAUUUAAGAGGGUUAACUCCACAAGAAUUCUUUUUCCAUGCUAUGGCUGGUAGAGAAGGUCUUAUUGAUACUGCGGUCAAGACCGCCGAAACUGGGUAUAUUCAACGUCGUUUGGUCAAGGCUUUGGAAGAUAUCAUGGUUCAUUAUGAUGGUACUACUAGAAACUCCUUGGGUGAUAUUAUUCAAUUCAUUUAUGGUGAAGAUGGUAUUGAUGGUACACAAGUGGAAAAGCAAUCGGUUGAUACCAUUCCUGGAUCUGAUGAAUCCUUUGAUCAAAGAUAUAGAAUUGAUGUAUUGGAUCCAGCUAAAUCUAUUUCUGAAUCAUUAUUGGAAUCAGGUAAAGAAAUUAAGGGUGAUGUCAAGUUGCAAAGAGUUUUGGAUGAAGAAUAUCACCAAUUGUUGGAUGACCGUAGAUACCUUAGAGAUGUUUGUUUCCCUAAUGGUGAUUUUAGUUGGCCAUUGCCAGUUAAUUUACGUCGUAUUAUUCAAAAUGCUCAACAAAUUUUCCAUAAUGGACGUUACAAGGCUUCUGAUUUAAGAUUGGAUGAAAUUAUUUUGGGAGUUAGACAAUUGUGUACUAAGUUAUUGGUAGUUCGUGGUGAUUCCCCAUUGAGUAAGGAAGCACAAGCCAACGCUACAUUAUUGUUCCAAUGUUUGUUACGUUCUAGAUUAGCUGCCAGACGUGUGAUUGAAGAAUUCAAGUUAAAUAGAGCUUCAUUUGAAUGGGUUGUUGGAGAAAUUGAAACACAAUUCCAAAAAUCUAUUGUCCAUCCAGGUGAAAUGGUUGGUGUUGUUGCUGCACAAUCUAUUGGGGAACCAGCUACCCAAAUGACUUUGAAUACUUUCCAUUAUGCCGGUGUCUCGUCUAAGAAUGUUACUUUGGGUGUUCCUCGUCUUAAGGAAAUUCUUAAUGUGGCCAAGAAUAUCAAGACUCCAGCACUUACAGUAUAUUUAGAUCCUGAGAUUGCUGCUGAUAUUGAAAAGGCCAAGGUUGUCCAAUCUGCAAUUGAACACACCACCUUGAAGAAUGUUACUUCAUCUACUGAAAUCUACUAUGAUCCAGAUCCAAGAACUACUGUGAUUGAAGAUGAUUAUGAUACUGUUGAAGCAUAUUUCGCCAUUCCUGAUCAAAAAGUUGAAGAAUCUAUUGAAAAGCAAUCUCCAUGGUUACUUCGUUUGGAGUUGGAUCGUGCUAAGAUGUUGGAUAAACAAUUGACUAUGGCUCAGGUUGCCGAAAAGAUUUCUCAAAACUUUGGAGAAGAUUUGUUUGUUAUUUGGUCUGAUGAUACUGCUGAUAAAUUGAUUAUUCGUUGUCGUGUGGUUAGAGAUCCAAAAUCAUUGGAUGAAGAUGCCGAUGCUGAAGAAGAUCAAAUUUUGAAGCGUAUUGAAGCUCAUAUGCUUGAAUCUAUUUCAUUACGUGGUAUCAAGGGUAUUACCAGAGUGUUUAUGAUGCAACAUAAAGUCAGCAAGCCAGAUGAAACUGGUGAAUUUAAACAAGGUAAGGAAUGGGUUUUGGAAACUGAUGGGGUUAAUUUAGCUGAUGUCAUGGCUGUUCCUGGUGUUGAUUCUUCUCGUACUUAUUCCAACGACUUUAUUGAAAUUCUUUCAGUGUUGGGUAUUGAAGCUACUAGAACAGCAUUGUUUAAGGAAAUUUUGAAUGUUAUUGCUUUCGAUGGUUCUUAUGUCAAUUACCGUCAUAUGGCUUUGUUGGUUGAUGUUAUGACUUCUCGUGGUCAUUUGAUGGCUAUUACUCGUCAUGGUAUCAACAGAGCUGAUACUGGUGCUUUGAUGCGUUGUUCAUUCGAAGAAACUGUGGAAAUUUUGUUGGAAGCUGCUGCUUCAGCUGAACUUGAUGACUGUAGAGGGAUUUCUGAAAAUGUCAUGUUGGGUCAAAUGGCACCAUUGGGUACUGGUUCAUUUGAUGUUAUGGUUGAUGAUAAGAUGUUGCAAUUUGCUUCUUCUAAUAUUGCUACUGAAGAAUAUAAUGACGAAGGUGGCGCUACUCCUUAUAGAGAAUAUGACAUGGAAGAUGACAAGAUUCAAUAUGAAGAAGGUGCUGGAUUCUCACCAAUUCAUACUGCUCCUGUUUCGGAUGGUGGUGCUGGAGGAUUAACUUCAUAUGGAGGACAACCAACUUCUCCUAGCGCUACUUCGCCAUUUACUUAUGGUGCUACAUCUCCUUCAUAUGGAGGUAGAGCUUCUCCUGGUUACGGAUAUUCGCCAACUUCUCCAAGUUAUUCACCAACUUCACCAAGUUACUCACCAACCUCGCCAAGUUAUUCACCAACAUCUCCAUCUUAUUCACCUACAUCACCUGCUUACUCACCAACGUCACCAAGUUACUCACCAACUUCUCCAAGUUAUUCACCUACUUCGCCAAGUUACUCACCAACAUCGCCAAGUUACUCGCCAACUUCUCCAAGUUACUCACCAACAUCUCCAUCAUACUCACCAACAUCUCCAAGUUAUUCACCUACGUCACCAAGUUACUCACCAACUUCUCCAUCAUACUCACCUACUUCACCAUCAUAUUCACCUACUUCGCCAAGUUACUCACCAACCUCACCAAGUUACUCACCAACCUCACCAAGUUACUCACCAACCUCACCAUCAUAUUCCCCAACAUCUCCACAAUAUUCACCAACAUCACCAUCAUAUUCACCAACAUCUCCAUCAUACUCACCUACUUCACCACAAUACUCGCCAACAUCUCCAAGUUAUUCACCAACUUCUCCACAAUAUUCACCUGGAUCUCCUGAAUAUUCUCCAAACUCACCAAAGAAGGAAAAGAACGAUGACGAAGUUACCGAAUAA